AUGCUAGUCUGUUAUUAUCUCGCUCUAGCCUGGGGGUAUCUCUGCAUCGUAGGAGCACUUCCUAUUUCCAGUCAUUGUGACUCUUUUGGGCCGUGUAUCUCAUUCUCAUCGGAUGCGUCGUCCUUGGUUCCUAGUUCCAGGGAGGGCAUGAAGCAUCGGGUUUUGGGAAAGGUACAUAUCGUCGAGAAAGGUCCUCCUUCAUCGUCUCCAAACCACCUUCAGAUCUCGCAUCCACGAUGGAAACUCCCUGUCCGUUGGCCUCACAGAGUGUAUGGCUACGUCGUCACCCAACAACCAAGACACAUACAAACCGCAACGUCCAAAUUAUUUCCCGAGAAGCAGGGGCAUGGACCAGAUAGAGCGCAGAAUCGGUUCCACGCCGUAUACAGGAUGAUCCAGUCCCUAAGGGAAACCGAUCGAAUGCUGGCACCAGUGGCGAUCUUGUUUGUUCUGUUGUGGUUGGCAAUUGUGGCGGUUGGGAUCGUGGAAGCUGUAAACAUGUGCUGGGAGCGAUGGGGAUCUACAGAGGGGGGUGUUUGGGGGGAGGAGAGAAUUCUUUUUGAUGUUUUGGAAGAUGCGGUGAUUGGAGCGGUGCCGAUGGAGGAUCGAGAUGAUCCGGACGAAGAACAUAGAUUGAAGUUAUGA